AAAUUUUAAUUCUUAUUUCUCCGAAAAGCAUGUUGGGUGUAGGACGGUUUACGAGAGAGGGGUCUUUUGUUACGCAUGCGUACCACAUCGCAAAGCCGCCUCACCCCGUAGCUUUCCCGCCAGUGACGUCCGGCAAACGCGUCGGCCGCCAUUCGGCUAUCGCUCAAAAUAAAAAAAUAUAUAUAAUAAUAAAAAAAAAAAAAUGUUAAAUAGAAACUAGUGACUUCCAACAUUGAGUGAUGUGACACAAAUCGGUAAUAAGUGAAUGAUUCCUCUAAAUAAUUGUUUGAUUAUAAAAAUGUCCUUUCACGAAUCAAUACACAUACCACCAACGAGGUCUGGUACAAUAAAGGCGAUCAUAACUUUCACAUGCUAUUUUUUGUUGUCUAUUAUGUGCCACGACAGUGAGAACAAUGUCGUUGUAAAACAAUAUAAUUGAGGGAUUCAUUAUGAUAUAAAAUGACAAUAAAGAGAGCGUUACGACAAUAAUUAAAGUAGAUAAAAUUAGACAAUAAAGUAGAUUAAAUAACGGCACAAUGGCGAACACAGCACAUUUGAUGAGGCGUCAGAGUUCAAGGGACCUUUAUGCCCAAAGAUCCGUUGACCGAAUGGAGAUGAAAGAAUUGCGUGGGCGACUGGUAACAAUGGAGAAUGGACAUCCAUCUCAUCGCACACACGUAAUGUACGGGGCUACUAAUGAGGCAUUCGAGGAUACUAGCCCGAAUAGACGAUCGUCCGAAACGCCAACAAGCAAAGCCAGUUCUGCAGAGGAAAGGGCGGGUAUUAAGCCUGAAGGUGGCGAGGGAGAGAGGGAGUCUUGGGACAGCAAAUUGACUUUUCUUUUAGCCACAGUCGGUUAUGCUGUAGGUUUGGGCAACGUGUGGAGGUUCCCUUACUUAGCCCAGAAAAAUGGGGGAGGGGCGUUUCUUAUACCUUAUUUUGUGAUGUUGGCAAUUGAGGGGAUACCUAUAUUUUAUUUGGAGUUGGCGAUCGGACAAAGAUUGAGGAAGGGCGCAAUCGGAGUCUGGCAUCAAGUGUCUCCUUAUUUGGGAGGUAUUGGAAUUAGUUCAGCGGUAGUGUCCUUCAACGUUGCCCUGUACUAUAACUCGAUCAUAGCCUGGUGUCUGUUCUACUUCGCGCAGAGCUUCCAAGCCGAGCUGCCGUGGUCCGAAUGCCCGAAGAAAUACUUUAGCAACGGAUCAUACACCACAGAACCGGAAUGCGCUAUCAGCAGCCCAACACAAUACUUCUGGUACAGAACGACCCUUCAAAUAUCCGAAGACAUUAACCAUCCCCAGACCUUCAAUUACAAGAUAGCAUUAGCACUCGUCAUCGCUUGGAUACUGGUCUACAUGUGCAUGAUCAAAGGCAUCGCCUCAUCAGGGAAGGUCGUCUACGUUACCGCCACAUUCCCUUAUAUUGUCCUAGUUAUUUUCUUUUUUAGGGGCAUUACAUUGAAAGGUAUGAGCGAUGGGCUCAUUCAUCUUUUUACGCCAAAGUGGCACACGAUAUUAGACCCUGUGGUCUGGCUGGAAGCAGGCACACAAAUCUUCUUUUCCCUUGGCUUAGCUUUCGGAGGGCUAAUUGCCUUUUCAUCGUAUAACCCUGUCGACAAUAACUGCUACAGGGACGCAAUAAUGGUAUCUAUGACUAACUGUUUAACGUCGAUGUUUGCUGGCAUCGUCGUGUUCUCCAUAAUUGGUUUCAAAGCGACAAUGGUUUACGAAAAGUGCUUGGGUGUCAGAAACGAGACUUUAUUGGAUAUAUUUGGGCCCGGUUAUAAAUCUAUGGUAUUCCCGGAGCCCGGGCAAAUGGUGACAGUCGAUAUAAACGGUAAUCUGACGAAACUGUUGAUGCCACAUUUGCCGGAGUGUGAUUUGCAGAAGGAGUUGGACAAUACGGCGUCCGGCACUGGAUUAGCAUUCAUAAUCUUCACAGAGGCUAUCAACCAGUUUCCCGGGGCUCAGUUUUGGUCCGUUUUAUUCUUUCUGAUGCUGUUCACACUGGGAAUCGAUUCUCAAUUCGGCACAUUGGAAGGCGUGGUGACCUCUAUAGUUGAUAUGAAACUGUUGCCCAACCUGAGAAAGGAGUAUUUAACCGGUGGUCUAUGCCUGAUAUGCUGUAUAUUGUCUAUGGGAUUUGCACAUGGCUCUGGCAGCUACAUAUUCCUCCUCUUUGACAUGUAUAGUGGGAACUUUCCUCUGUUAAUCAUCGCAUUUUUCGAAUGUGUCGGGAUUGCUUACGUGUAUGGAGUGAAGAGGUUCGCUGACGACAUUGAAUUGAUGACCGGAACUCGCCCGGGUAUAUACUGGCUGAUCUGCUGGAAGUACCUCUCGCCGCUUGCUAUGCUCUCGAUCCUGAUAUCCUCGUUUGCUGAACUGGCCAUGGAGGGGUCAGGUUACGAGGCCUGGAUACCAUCAGAGGGGGACACCGUGAAGAAACCAUGGCCGAUAUGGGCGGUGUUGCUUGUCGUAGUACUGAUUCUGGCGUCUGUGCUGUGGAUACCAGGAUUGGCGAUAUGCAGAUAUUUUGGCUAUCCGAUCAUAGAAGACGAGGAGCGAGCGUGGUUCCCCGCUGAGGAAUUACGCGACUUCCACGGCAUAGAGCCCAGGCCGGUGUCCGCUACCGAGACCCUGUUGUUUUGCACCAGACCAGACGGGAGCGAGAGGUGCUGUUGGCCAGGUUGCUGCGAAACCGAUGAUGAUGAGUAGGGAACUCUAAAAAAAAAACAUAUGUUGUCUGGGCCAUAGACAAUAUAGUUUGGGGGUUCGAUGUAAGUAUUUUAUGCUUUUCCAAUGUCAAAAUUGUUAACAGAAUCUCAAUAUACAAGACCUAGUUCUGGCGUUGGACGUUAUGAAUCCACAUGUGGAUGAAAAGGGAUGAAAAAAUACCCUUGGACUCACUUGUGGAUCCUGAUCCAAGUGAACUGAGGCUAAAUAUUAUGUAAAGGAGAAUAUUGCUAGAAACUAGAAACCUUUGUUUAUUGUUAUUUUUUGUUGAAAUAUAUAAAUGCCGGCCAUUUUGGGGAUUGACAUAUUUAAAGGUAUGAAAAAGUCUACAAGUGUCAUUUUAUUAACUCUUAACCGGUGUUGUGGGAUCUAAAUGUGCCCAAGAAAUAUAUUGUUUCGAAAUUUGAAUUUCUUUUUUGAGUCACACCUCCGCGUUUUUUUUUUAAUCUCAUUACUAUUACUAAAUGUAUGACAGUAUUUAUUAAAAACUUUUUGAAAGGUUAGGGAUCCUAGGACCUCCGAUACCAAAUUAUACACGUAUUAAAAAGUGUUGGUGUUACAUACGUAACUGAAAUUAUAUGAAAAAAACAAUCCCAAUUUUAUAAAUUUAAUUUACCCAAAGUAAUUUUAUGACAGGUAAAUUGUAUUUUUUUUACUGAUUGGGUAAUAUAUUAUUAUCUUAUUUUAUUAUCAAACGAAAUAUUAAAAAAUCAUAUCUAAAUUUCAUAUCCGGCCGUUUAUAUGGAUAAAAUAAUAAAUUUUGUAGAAUGUUUUAGUAAAAAUUAAGCUUUUAGAGUGAAUAUAUUUAUAUUAAUAAUUAAUUUAGUUAACUAUAUAAGGUUUCAUAUAUAACCUGUUGUUAUUUGAACAAUUUAAUAUUGUAUUUACACAUUUUUUCUAUAAAUGAACUAUGUUAAUUUCAUAUUAUAAUGUUGAAAUCUUUAGCUAUAUUACUUUGAAUAUAAACGACAAUAAAUUAGUUAUAAGAUGUAAGAAUUAUGGAUAUUUUUUAUACAUUAAGUUAUUAUUAUUGAAUGUUUUAACAUUAUUAAGUUAAAUUAUAAUGUUUCUAAAUUAAUAUUCUAAAGAAUUUGUAGUUUUUCAAGAAUGUUCUACGAAUUGGUUACGAAACGUUACGUUACGUGCCUACUGUAGGCAGAUGUAAUACUAGUCCAGUAGUUAUUUAGAUUAUGUACCAAAUAUUAAAUAUAAAUACAUAUUGACAAUAAUUCACUAUUUGUAUGCUAAGCCAACAACGUAUAAUUGAUAAUAUAUAUUUGUAUGUUAAAAAGGCUUUCAGCGACAUAUUUUUUUUUUUGCAUUAAAAAUAAGGUUGCAAAACAAAUACAGAUUAAUAGCGAUCUUAGAUUUUACUUUCAAUAUAUCACACAGAGUAAUCUAAUUUUAAACGAAGAAAAGUUUGUAUUAUGGAUACUUGACAACUGAUAGGAAGGCAAUUUUUUUUUUUAUAAGUAAAUAUUUUAAUUUAGUUAAAAUUAAUAUAAUAGUUUACUCACAUAUAUUUUUUAUUAGUAUAACUUUUAUAAUUAGAGUAAUAUAACUCUUAAAAUAAUUUAAAACGAAAUAUUUAUACUUAUAUUUAUUGGUAAUUUAUGACAUAAAUAACUACAUAUAACCAAUAAAUAGGAUGCCUAAUAAUGUCAUAAAGUAUUUGGGUGAAAGUUUAGUCAUCGACAACAUUUCUCGGUAUCUAAUUAAUAUUUUUAAACAGACUUAAAAAAGAACGAGGUUCUAAUUUCGAUUGUAUGUUCUUUUUUUAAACGUUUGUUACCUCAUAUUCAUAUGUCGGUUGUAAACCGGUUUGGAAAAUUCUUUUUUUUUAUCGGAAAGAGUAUACUUAUAGGCAAAUCUCUAUUAUUAAUCUGUAGUAUAAGUUAGUGGUUUUCAAGCGACUUCAAAAAGUAAGAAGUUUUCAAUUUAGUUGUAUUUUUUUUAUGUUUGUUACCUCAUAACUCCGUCAGUUUUAAAUCAAUUCGAACAAUUGUUUUUUUUAGCUUAAAAAUACACUUACAGAUUGAUCAUAUAUGAAUUUUAUCCAAAUCUGUUAAGUAGUUUAGUUUUUCAAUCAAAUUCAAAAUUGAAGUAGGGAUUUUGUUACACAAUUUAAUUACUUCUUACACUUUGAAUAUACUAUGUAAAUUUGGACAAUAAAUGUUAGCGACUGGCUUCAAAGACGUAAUAAAUAAACAAAAUAUUCUGUAAGGUUCGAUGUGAUAAUGAUUGUUACCUUUUUGAUUAAUAUUGCUAGACUGGGUACCAUAUUUACUCCCAACUGUACCUAUGUAAAUUUUAUCACUGUUUUAUAGUAUAUUCAUAUUAUCUAAUUGUUAUAAUAGGUACUGAUUGAGUAGUUACUUAGAAAUAUCUAUAUCGUGUAAGGUAGUCUAUUUUUUGCUAAUAAGGGUUGUUAAAAUAUCAUUUCUCUAAAGUUAAAAGUUUAACUAGAAAUAAUAAUAAAAUAAAAAUUGUCGAUGAAUUUAUUGUCGAUAUUUUUUGUUUUGUUAUUUAUUUAAUUAAAUUAUUUGUCUGUAUACAUAUAAUAAUUAUCUGUAUAUGUCUAAUGAAAUGUUUUUAUAUAUUUUUUUGCCUAAGUAACAUUCAGUCAUAUUUUAUUUUAUACUUUUCAACUUUUUUUUUUAAUAUUUGUUGACACAAAUGCAUGGGAUUAUACAGGUGUAAGAGUCAGGUUGGCCAAAACGAAAACAGCUGAUUUAGAUGAAUGGUUUGAAUCAGAUAACAGAUUAUUUUCCCAAUGAAAAUGCACAACAAUCAUAUAAUUAACGAUUAUUAGUUUUGACGUCGAGCAAUGUAUUUGAAAAAAAAAUAUAAAAUUUUUCAGAUAGAAUUUCCACUAGUUUAUAGUUUAAAAAAAGAGUCUAAAUUUACUGUUUCAGUUAAUGCCAACUUGUCCUUUACACUCUGUAUACCUAUAUCGACAUUUAAUUAUGUUGAGAUGGAGGAUAUCGUGUCGUGGAUGGUUGUAUCAGCAAAAAAUCGGUCUAAAUUAAUUAUUAAAUUAUCUAUAAGGUUAAGUCCAUGGUUAAAAAUACUACUCUCAUUUACAAUUAUAGUUUUAAUAUAUUAAGAAUAAAAACAUUAAGAAUACUAUUUUAUAUAAAAUAGUAUUCUUAAUGUUUUUUGUUUAAAUUAUUGAAAAUGCAAAAAGUUCAUAAUUUUAAAAGCAGAUAAUUAUAAUAUUUUAAUAAUUAACUUUAAAAAAAUA